AUGGCGAAAGGAAAUGGGUUCGAGAAGGAGUGUCGAGUGGCUGGCGAAGUGAUGAGUACUGAAGAGGAGAACAUAUAUUCCAACGGGAAGGAGCAGAUGACAACGAAAGAGGACUGGUGGAAUGCCGAUGGAAACUACGGUACAAAAGGACGCUACGAAUUACAUGGGGUACGCAGCCGCGCUGAACUGGACAGCUGCGCUGAACUGGACAGCUGUGCUGAACUGGACAGCUGUGCUGAACUGCUGAACUGGACAGCUGCGCUGAACUGGACAGCUGUGCUGAACUGGACAGCUGUGCUGAACUGGAGAAGAAGUUAA